AUGGACGACGGAGAUGUCUCCGGUUCAUCCGUGCUGUCUGGGGUGACUGAUGGGCAGAACACGACAACAGACACAAACUCUGAAGUCCACGCGAAGCCCCUUGUGCUCAGGCUCCUGCAGGUGGAGAACGAGCUUGAGGGUGAAGAGGCCGAAGCGAGUGAGGAGGAAAGGCAUGAAGAGGACAUUGAGGAUGACGAGUUCUCCGAGUCCGGUGAACCCUCCAAGACUCACAAAUCCCACAGGGCCUCCACAUCCUCCAAGUCCCGCAAGGACAGCGAGUCCCUCCAGGCUCGAAAGGACAGCGAUCCUUCGCAGUCCCGCAAAACCAGCAGUCUUUCCCAGUCCCGCAAGGCUAGCGAUCCUCUCCAGCCCCGUAAGGUCAGCGAUUCCCGUCAGUCCCGCAAGGGCAGUGAACCCCUCCAGGCCCGCAAGGUCAGUGAGCCUCUUCAGUCACCGCAGGUCCACGCGGGUGGAAAAGGCGACUUGCUUCCGAACGCGGUGAUUACGACCUCCCCGUCUUUGAUAGCCAGAUACCUGCCGCGGCUCCAGCUGGCUUCCCUAAGCGAACACCCUGUUUCUCGUGACCGUAUAAGGAAAUGUUUUCUUUCUAGAAAGCGAAUUGAAGAUCUUUCCAAACCAAAAAAGCAGUGGGGAACUCCAGAUAGAAGAUUGUUUUGGGGAAAUCAAGAUCCUAUCCGCCCUAUUUCUGAGACUGCUUUGAAGGCUCAGCUGACCAAGAGACUUGAGGACCUUGCUCAGCCCAAGCUGGUCUCCCGACACUAUGUCCCUAACAGGGCUCAAUAUUACUACAGCUGUGGAAGGCAGUCUGUAAUUUGGGAGAUCCCCCCUCCCGCGCUGUUUACCCGGCCUUCGAAAAGGAUCCAGAGGCUGGCAAGACCCAACAGAUUCAAAACGCAGUGUCUGCUGGACAGCGAGGACUUACCUCCACCAGGAACUCUGCGUUUCUCUCCUCCCUCUGCCCGGAUUCUGCAGCUCUCCGUAGCCAAAGGCACGGAUCCCAACUACGUUCCUCCAAAAAGCAUUGAAACCAAGAUCUCCUUCUCUACCCUGAGUGCUGUUGCAAGUCCCAGGAUUGUAGACCUUGCCCACCCGAGGAUCAAGAUAGAGGGUCUAUGCUAUGAGAGAGAAAAGAGUGAAUUGCCCAUCCGUCCCAUAUCCCCUGCUGCCCUGCUUGCCAAACCUACUAGCCGAACAAUAACCUUAGCCAAGUCCAAACCAGUUCAUGAAGAUUAUCUCCCUGUCCGAGAUGCCCGAUGGCCUGUGUCUUAUGCUGCUGCCCAUUCUCGGGUAUCUGACAGAGUCCAGGAGCUAGCUAAUCCACCCACAAGGGCUUCCGUGCAUGUUGUGUUCUACGACCCAGACGUCUUUAAAGUCAAGCCCUCUGCUUUGAAAGCACAGUGUUCUGCCAGGGUCAAGGAGCUGGCGGAACCCAUUGUGCGCUAACUGCAGCAAGCCACCCGAGGCAGGCACGAGUUACGUAUCCGGAACAUGCAGCAGACGACUUGGUUCCUUUGCCUUGGUAUUUACAUCUUACCGAUCACCUCCCAAAUAUGAGACUUCCAGGGAACACCACCGUGAGCGAGCGUCAGAUAGGCACUGUCUGUGAUCUUGUCUUUACCGAGUUUGGGGACUCCACCCUGCAUUAAAGGGGGAACCGAUCCCUGCUUGUUUUCCCUCCCACUCACACCGGCAUCGAGGCAGCUCCCUCGCUGUGCUGCGCGGAGGACUCGUGCUCUGCGCGGAGCACUCGUGCUCUCACUUUUGUGUGCUUUGCACACACACCCCACCCCCCAAUUCUAUUUCCAGCCCUUCUCUACAAAAUCCUGGGAAUGGAGGUCAUGCUUAGUGUUGCCUUGUCAAUCUCCCUUCCUUGUGUGCAAAAACACGGACACGAAGAGCUUCUUCGGAUGAGAUGAAAUGGUUCUCAUAGUCCCUAUUAGGGAACUGCUUGCUUGCUUCAACAUCUUUACAGGUCUCCUCUGCCUCACGCCAGGCUCGCAGCCACUCACCAUGAAGGACAGAAGAGAGACAUCCACAUGGUGAAGCGAUGUGCACCUGUAAUCUCAGCUCCUGGAGGCAGGGGAGGGAGGGUGGCCUGAGCCCAAGAGCUUGUCCAGAGCAGUGGGCAACAAUGAUAUCCAUCUCAAAAAGAUAGACACAGUUUUGUGGUUUUGUUUUUGUUUUUAAAAAGAAGAAGAAGAAAGAAAAGGC